AUGGGAAUAUUUUGCAGUUGUAUUAAACAUCGAGAACAUGAAAAUAAUUUAAGAGCAUCAUGUGCAUUCUGCUAUCAAGAUCAAUUUCGAGGUUUAAGACAGCAAGAACUCAAAUGCAUUCAAUGCAGAUUGGGAGCAAACCAAAACUCUCAGCAGUUUGAUAAAAGUACUUGCUCUAAUGAUUCUGUAGUUAGUGAUGACGCUGAAGGAGACAGUCAAACAUCUUUAAGUACACUUUGCUCUGAUACUGCUUUGUUGGAUUUAAAAGAUUUUUCUGAUCAGAAUGAUGUUCUUGAUCAACCAGGUGAUUCUGUACUCAUUGAAAAUUUAGAUGCAGGUGAUGCAGAAAUUGGAGUUUCRCGUCAAUAUUCUUUUGACGACUUUGAACCAAUUAAGGUUAUUKGUCGUGGCAGUUAUGCCAAGGUGUUAAUGGUUGAACAUAAAAAAAAUCAACGUAUCUAUGCUAUGAAAGUUAUAAAAAAAGAACUUGUUUCAAAUUUUGAAGAUACUACUUGGGUACAAACAGAAAAAAAUGUUUUUAUAACUGCCGCUAAUUAUCCAUUUUUGGUUACUCUCCAUUCUUGCUUCCAAACAGCCAGCCGAUUAUUCUUUGUGAUGGAAUUUGUUCGUGGAGGUGAUUUGAUGUAUCUUAUGCAAAGAAAAAGACAAUUACCUGAAAACCAUGCUAAAUUUUACGUAGCAGAAAUUGGAUUGGCUUUAAACUAUUUACAUACUAGAGGUAUAAUAUACCGUGAUUUAAAAUUAGAAAAUGUACUACUUGAUCAUGAAGGACACAUAAAAUUAACAGACUAUGGAAUGUGUAAACAGGGAAUAUGGCCCGGAUAUAAAACUUCUUCACUUUGCGGUACUCCAAAUUACAUUGCUCCAGAAAUUUUAAGAGAAGAAGAAUAUGGAUUUAGUGUGGAUUGGUGGGCUUUAGGAAUUCUUUUGCAUGAAAUGUUGGUUGGCAAAUGCCCAUUUGAAUUUAAUGAAGGACAAAAUAAUAAAGAGCAAGAUUUAUACGAAGUUAUUUUGGAAAAACCUCUUCGUAUUCCAAGAUCACUUUCUGUUGAUGCAGCUUUGGUUUUAACGGGGUUUUUAAAUAAAAACCCUGCUGACCGUUUGGGUUGCGAUGAAAAAAAUGGCUUCUAUGAUGUUAAAUAUCACCCAUUCUUCAAGUCUAUUGAUUGGGAAAUGUUAGAACAAAAGCAAGUUAUCCCUUGUUAUAUACCACAACUAGAUUCUGAACGUGACCUUGCCAAUUUCCCAUCAGAAUUUACAGAUGAACCAGUAAAUUUUACACCUGAUGAUCAGGAUGUCACGGAUGAAUUAAAAUUUGAGGGUUUUGAAUAUGUGAAUCCGUAUUUUAUGCUGCAAGAGACUAAGUUGUAA